UCUCCCCUCGCUCUUUCUCUGAAGAGACGGGUCGUGGCGUGCUGGUUGUGUGUCAGUGCGGUUCAGAUAUAUCCACUGGUCCAAUGGCGGAUACGUUGACACUUUUUACCUCGAUAGGGCUGAGCGAGCAGAAAGCCAAAGAAACUCUGAAAAAUGAAGCACUAAGUUCAGUUCUGAAAGACGCAAUUACUCAGGCCCAGCGUGUCAAUGGCCCAUCAGGAGUGGACAAAGCGAUGGGCACAUUGCUGUACAGCAUGGCAUCUCGCCUUAAAGACAACAAACGCCUGGGGUUUCUUUCAGACUGUAUCGCCCAGAAACAAGUCUGCACUGAGCUGCAGCUGACAGCUGCUUUGGACUUUGUGAAGGGUCAUCCCCAAGAUCCCAUCUGUCAGAAAGCAUUUAAUGAAGCGUGUGGCGUGGGUGUAAUCAUAACCCCUGAGCAGAUUGAGGAUGCAGUAGAGUCUGUCAUCAAGAAGCACAAGGAGCAGCUGUUGAAAGAGAGAUACCGCUUCAACAUGGGGCUGCUGAUGAGUGAAGCACGUUCAGCUCUUAAAUGGGCCGACGGGAAGGUGAUCAAAAAUGAGGUGGACAUGCAGGUUCUUCACCUCUUGGGACCCAAAACCGAAGCUGAUCUGGAGAAGAAGCCGAAGCCACAGAAACUAAAAGUUUCAGAAAAUGAUGUAAAGGUAAAGAAAGAGGAAGUGGCAGCGAAUGGUGAAGUGAUUUCUGGGGAGGGGAAGUCUCUUAUGGAGCAGCUCAGAGGAGAGGCGCUGAAGUUCCAUAAACCAGGAGAAAAUUAUAAAACGGAGGGUUACGUUGUCACACCAAACACAAUGGACCUGCUUAAGAAGCACUUGGAGUUCACUGGUGAACAGAUCCGCACUCGUUUUCCACCUGAGCCCAACGGUAUCCUUCACAUUGGACAUGCCAAAGCCAUUAACUUCAAUUUUGGUUAUGCAAAGGCAAACAACGGAAUCUGUUUCUUGAGGUAUGAUGACACCAAUCCAGAGAAGGAGGAAGAAAAGUACUUCACUGCCAUCAAAGACAUGGUGGAGUGGCUGGGCUACGAACCUUACGCCGUCACACAUGCGUCGGACCACUUUCAGAAACUCUACGACCUCGCUGUGGAUCUUAUCCGCAGGGGUCAUGCGUACGUGUGCCAUCAGAAGGGCGAGGAGCUGAAAGGCUAUAACGUUCCUCUGUCUCCCUGGAGAGACCGGCCCGUCGAAGAGUCGCUGGUGUUGUUCGAGAGGAUGAGGAAGGGCAUGUUUGCCGAGGGAGAGGUCACGCUAAGGAUGAAGAUGGUCAUGGAAGAUGGGAAGAUGGACCCUGUGGCGUAUCGAAUCAAGUACACGCCUCAUCAUCGAACAGGAGAUGAAUGGUGCAUCUACCCCACUUACGACUACACCCACUGUCUGUGUGACUCUAUUGAAAACAUCACUCACUCACUGUGCACUAAAGAGUUUCAAGCCAGACGUUCAUCUUAUUACUGGCUGUGCAAUGCUCUGGAUUUGUACUGCCCAGUUCAGUGGGAAUACGGACGCUUGAACCUCACCUACACUGUUGUGUCCAAGAGGAAGAUCAUCAAACUGGUUGAGACCAAUGUUGUCAGAGACUGGGAUGAUCCCAGACUCUUCACACUGACUGCUCUAAGGAGAAGAGGUUUCCCUGCAGAGGCGAUCAAUAACUUCUGUGCUCGGGUGGGUGUCACUGUUUCCCAGACAACGACCGAGCCCCACCUGCUGGAGUCGUGUGUGAGGGACGUGCUGAACGACUCUGCUCCUCGAGUCAUGGCGGUGCUGGAGCCGCUCAAAGUCACCAUAACUAACCUUCCUCAGAACGCCAAGACUGAUGUUCGGGUACCAAACUUCCCUGCCGACGAGGCGAAGGGCACCCACACAGUUCCGUUGACGAACACGAUCUUCAUUGAACAGAGCGACUUCAGAGAGGUGAUGGAGAAGGGCUACAAGCGACUGACUCCAGAACAGCCUGUUGGCCUGAGGCAUGCUGGGUAUGUCAUCGCUGUUCAGAAGGUCAUCAAGGACUGUCGGGGUAACGUGGUGGAACUGGAGGUGACCUGUUGCAGCUCCGAGUCUGCAGACAAGCCAAAGGCUUUCAUCCACUGGGUCAGCCAGCCGCUGGUGUGUGAAGUGCGUCUCUAUGAAAGACUCUUCUUGCACAAACAUCCAGAGGAUCCAUCUGAAGUGCCCGACGGCUUCCUGAGCGAUAUCAACCCCAAUUCCCUGCAGGUGAUCCGUGAUGCCUUAGUGGACACAUCGGUCAAGGGAGCAAAAGUUUUUGACAAGUUCCAGUUUGAAAGAGUUGGUUACUUUUCACUGGAUCCUGACAGCACUGCUGACAAGCUCAUCUUUAACAGAACAGUCACACUCAAAGAAGACCCCGGGAAGAUCUGAUCUAUCAACACUGCACUUCCUGCCACCCACGAGCCUUCAGACACCUGUUAAUAUUGUUAGCAUCCAUUACUGUGUAACAUCAGGAGGGACUGAGACUGACUCGCAGUAUAUGCCUUUAUAUUUAUCUGCAGCUUUCAUAAGCAACAGGUCUCAUGUGGAACUGUGUUGUUGGGUGUAGUUUCUUCACAGAAUAGCAGCAAAUGUUGAUAUGUGUCGGUGCUUUACCAUUCAGAGUCCUUUUUUUUUAUUUCUGCUACACUAAUAAUCAUGAACUAUUUCUUUUAGGAAAAAAAUAGAUCAAAUAAAAACUUGCUGCAGAUUUCAGUAAAGAGAUGCUCAAAUGCCACAUUUCGCUUGUUUUAUAAAGGUGGUGCCAACCCACCCAGUGUUUUUAAGUCUCAGAGGGGGUCCUAUGAACAUAAAACAAU